AUGAACCUGAACACUUUGUUCCAGCAAAUUCAGUUCACAGAGAAGCAGGCGAGGGAGAAGAGGAAUUUCCUCCACCAAGCUAAAUGCGACAUAAACCGAACUUACGAAAAAAUUAACCAAACAAGAGAAGAGCUGAGCGCUGCAAAAAUUAACUUAGAAACCCAGAUUCAGCAUCUGUCUGUAAAGCAGUUCCACUUAGAAGUUCUGAAGAAACGUGAAGACAGCUUAGAAAAACAAAAAGCUGAACUUAYUAAUCAAAGAACCAGUCUUCUUAAAAUCUUGAAUGAUGCAAAGAAAAAAAUUACGGAAGAGGAAGAUAAUUUUACCAGAGAAGUAACAGAAUUUAACAAUGAAUAUGGACUAACAAGUAACAGAGAUCUUCUUAUUAAAAAAAAAGUCAAGACUGAAAUAAAUGAUUUAGACAAUGAAGCAGCUCUGUUGAAAAGUGAAAUGGAGUCAAUGGAACAUAAAAAUGUUCAGUUAAAUGCACUCCAGCUGCAGAAGAAUGAAUUAAAACAGGAUUUAUUUGCUCUCCAAAGUGAGCUCAAAGACCUUGAGAAAGUAAUCAGGGAGGCUGAAAGAAUGACRAAAGAUUUAGAAGCAGAAAAAGUCCAAGUCAUUGAAAAACCUCAGACUGAUCCUGAAUGUUUAAGACUUAAGAAAGAGCUGGAAAAAUGCAAAGAUGAUAAUUGGGAAAGUGUCUGCGAGACUCUUCAAACAGAAAUUGAAAUUCUGCAAAUGAAUUUAUCACAAAAGAAGUCUUCAGGGAAGUGA